AUGAUUGAUGUCAAGUGGCGGUAUAUGUUUGUUAUUUUUGCGUUGGUGUUUAUUAGCAGUUGGUCCUUCUUCGCGACGUUGUAUUAUAUGAUUGCGUGGUUCCACGGCGAUCUGCCGGAGCAGCUGAUGGAGGCCGGAAUGAACGUUAACCAUACGCAAUGUAUCGCAAACCUAGAGGGUUUCUACGCGUCAUUCCUAUUCGCGGUGGAGACGCAUCAUACGAUAGGAUAUGGGCAUAGAUACACAACAACCGAGUGCAAAACUGCUGGGCUUGUAGUUUGUACCCAAUGCAUCUGCGGGCUCUUGAUCCAAUCUUUCAUGGUCGGACUCGUUUUUGCAAAAAUGGCAAGACCCAAGAAACGGGCGGAAACUAUUAUAUUUAGUGAAAAAGCGGUGAUCUGCCUCCGAGACGGUCAGCUGUGUUUCCUUUGUCGGGUCGGAGACAUGCGGAAUACGCAUCUCGUGGAAGCACACGUACGGCUCCAAUUCAUUACGGACCGUGAGACGAGUGAGGGCGAGAUCGAACCCCUGCAUCAAUACGAGAUGAAGGUCGGCCCGAGCAUCACCGACGACGACCGGAUAUUCCUGGUCUGGCCCACCACAUUAUGCCACGUGAUCGACAAGGAGAGCCCAUUGUAUGAAUAUGCAGCCCAUGCGCUUUCGUCUGCGCAAUUUGAGAUUAUUGUUUUGCUGGAGGGAAUUGUCGAGUCGACCGGAAUGACGGCCCAGGCGAGGACGAGCUAUUUACCCACCGAAAUUUUGUGGGGCCACCGGUUCCGAAAGUUGGUCACCUACCAGCGCAGCAACGGGUCCUACCAGAUCGACUACAACCUGUUCAACUGCACGUAUCCGGUGAAGACGCCGAGCAGUUCGGCGGCCGAGUACUAUAAGAGCAGUCGAAAUUCGUCCGAAUACUUUUGCCACGAUCACCACGAGCACCGGCUUGACGAGGUCAGGAGUAUGGAGAGCACCCCUACGCCAUCGAUACUAACCAGCUACCCCAACUCACCGCUUCCUAACGGCAUUAAGCCCCAAAACCCCGACGCGCUGAACAGCUCGAUACCGCCGCCGUCAAUUGUCGUGGAGUGCCCCUCGAAUUGUGCCUCGCCCAACCACGCCGACCAGAAGAAGAAGUACACGAACUGCCGGCCGAACAACAACAUUUUCAACUUUUACACGAGGGACACUUCGUGCGCGCUGAGCAGCGGCGACCUGUCCGGCUGCACGAGGCCGUCCACGGCGCUAUCGGAUUUGGAAGAAGAAAGGGACCCACUAUCACCACCGCCAGUCUACACCACCGCCCUAACGAUCGGUUCCGUGUCGGUGACCUUUUUCCUGACGAUCCUGAUCUAUGGGCGGAAGACGUUCAACGAGGCCCCAUUCUACCAAAUUGUCUACUGCCUGGCCGUCGUGGAUUGGCUCCACCUUUUGCAGCAUUGGCUUCAGAUCUUCCCGCAGCAAAUAUUUGGAUGGGGUGGUUUCCCAUUUUCCGAGUGGCUGCAGGAUUCGGUGAUUGGUAUGUUUUCCAUUAAAGAGACAGGCAAGUGGCAGCUAUGGAUUUUGGCCUCAUCA